CGCCAUCUAUCAGCCACGCCGCCCUUGCUACAUCCGCCGGCACCGUCCGCUUGCUCUGCCUUCUCGGUGCGGCGCAGGCCACCUUCGGAGAGGGCAGGUGCUAGCGGCGACGCAUGCCACCUUCGGCGAGCAGGCGCGAGUAGACCGUAGGGGAUCCAUCGUCACCGUCGCCGACUCGCAGCUGCAGCAGCGGAAGCAUGGAGCCGUCGUUUUCGCUCAGGCAACGGGCUGAGGCUGUCGCCUCGCGAGAGGACGAUCGAGGCCGUCGCCUCCCGUGAACUCGCUUUUCAACCGAGUCUAGAAGCCCAACCGCAAGCCUAUUCCGGCGGUUGUACAGCGGUGGCCCCGUCCGUGAUGUCACUGAUUGCCGCUGUCCCCAAAAAAGUGGCGAAACGGAGGCCCACGCGUCCACCACCAUGGAUGAACGGAUCAGCCGGUCCACCGCACCGCAGCGCCACUGCUGCUCGCCCGUCUCCACGCCACCAAACGAAUCGCGACCCUACCGAACAACGAUCCAAUCCCAAACAACACCCAGAAAGUCCGGUGGCCGGGUCCUCCCUCUGCCUCUCCCCGUCCUCCCAUGUCGCUGCCAACCCCUCCGCCGUUUGGCGCCGCAAGAAAACCAGUCGGAAAAAACCUCAGAAAAACCCCGCGCCGCGCGGCCAGAUCACGGAGACGGCGCGGCGAAUCGCCGAGCGCCAGCGCCGCGGAUCGCAGCAGAGCCAGGCAGGCAGGCGUGGGGGCGGACGGAGGAGCAGCUCCGGGGCUCCGGGCCUUUCGCCAUCCCGCCCCCAUCCCCGAUUAAAAAACUUACCGCUCACUGCUCGCUUUGCUGGUCGCUGGCUUUGCGUUGUGCGCGCGUGCUCGGCUCCCCACCCGCCGCCCGCCCGCCCGCCCCAUUCGUUUACCGGGUCCGGUCUCCGCCCCCCGAAUCUUUUCCCUCCUCGCGCUCCGCAGCAGCACCACCGCCACCCGGCUCGCGCGUGCAGCGUGUUGGGGCCGGACUAGCAGUACUGCCGGGGAUUGAUUGAGAUGUGAUCGGAGCUCGGCUGUCGGUCGGGGGUUUUUCGUUGCCAUCGGACCGUGGCGCUGGGAGGAGGCAAGCUGGCGGGGAGAUGUGGCGGCGCGGAGGAGGACGAGGACGAGGACGAGGACGAGGAGGGGGAGGUUUGGGCGGCUGCUGUGCGCUCCUCGCCGCCGCGUUGGUAGUCUCCGCGCUCGUGAUCCGUGGUGGUGGAGGAUUGAAGCAAUCUCAUGCACCUGCAGUUGCUCGCAAGGUUCUUCUAUCCAUAACGAGUUGGCAUCCACACAAUAACUUGGAUAGUGUGCCCCAUCCAUCUCAAAUACAAGAUCAAAGGCUCAAACGUGUAGGACCUGCUGUUUCUCCCUCAAAUUCUCCCAUUAUCCAUAGGAAAAGACAUGGCAUUCCAGUUGCUGCCCCUCCAAAGGAACACUCCAGCCACUCACCACCUGCAAAUCGUAGACACCACAAAGGCCAUGGAAAUUCUGGUUUACAUCAUAGUCCUACACCUGCACCUGCACCUGUACGUUUGCCUCCAUCAAAAGGAAGGAGACAAGGAAAUUCCGCUUAUGCUCCACGCCAUUCCCAUCAAUACCAUUCACCAUCAUAUUCUCCAGGACCUGCUCUACCGCCCAUUCAUCCACCUGAAACUCCUGCAUUUAAAAAGCCCAAGGCUUUGGCACCAGCGCCUAGCCAAUCGCUGCUACCUCCACCGACGAUUUCAUACUGCACAGCUUCCUGUCAAGAUCCUCAGACCAAUAGUCCUCCAGGAACGACAUGCCUCUGUGUGUUGCCGAUAAAAGUCGAGCUUCGCUUUGAUAUAGCAUUGUACACGUUUUUUACACUGGUUCCAGAACUUGCACAAGAUAUUGCAUCUGGAGUGCUCAUGAAUCAAAGUCAAGUUCGUGUCAUGGGAGCAAAUGCUGCACCUGAUGACCCUGAGAAGACAAUUGUCUUUAUUGAUCUCGUGCCACUGGGACCAAAAUUUGACAAUGCGACAGCACAUUUAGUAUUUGAAAAGUUUUGGCAGAAGAAGGUCAUCAUAAACUCUAUGCAUUUUGGAAAUUAUGACGUGUUGGGUGUUCUUUACCAAGGUCUUCCUCCGCCACCACCAACAAGCAUGAACAAUGGUCUUAGCAAUAUAAAUGGUCCAAAGUUACAUCCACUUGCUGCUGAUGUGGGAAAUCAUAGAGAAAGAAAAGGCAAGGGCAUAAUUGUUAUAAUUAUUCUAUCAAGUGUUUUUGCUUUUAUUUUAUGUGCUGGAGCUGCACUGGUGGUUUAUUUCAAACUUAGAAGCCACAGUCAUUUAACUGAAGCAUCACUUGUGCCAACAAAACCUGCAGGUCCUGGUUCUGCAAUGGUCGGGAUCAGGCUAGAAAGCAGACCUAUUUCAGCAUCACCAUCCUUCAGCUCAAGCUUGGUGGCAUAUAACGGAUCUGCCAAAACGUUUAGCCUGGCUGAGAUGGAGAAAGCCACACAGGGAUUUGAUGAGUCCAGAAUUAUUGGUGAGGGUGGUUUCGGGCGUGUCUAUGAAGGUAUUCUUGAGGAUGGAGAACGGGUUGCUAUCAAGGUUCUAAAGCGGGAUGACCAACAAGGUACCCGGGAAUUUUUGGCUGAGGUCGAGAUGCUUAGCCGAUUGCACCAUAGGAAUUUGGUUAAGCUGAUAGGUAUAUGCACAGAGGGGCAUAGCCUAUGUUUGGUAUAUGAGCUUGUUCCAAAUGGCAGUGUGGAAUCCCACUUGCAUGGUAAAGGAUCAGACAAGGGGGCUGCUCGGCUUGAUUGGGAUGCUAGGCUCAGAAUUGCACUUGGUGCAGCACGUGCACUUGCGUAUUUGCAUGAAGAUUCAAGUCCACGUGUCAUACACCGUGACUUCAAGUCAAGUAACAUCUUAUUGGAAUAUGACUUCACCCCAAAGGUGUCAGACUUUGGCUUAGCGAGAACUGCUUUGGGGGAGGGAAAUGAGCAUAUUUCAACUCGUGUCAUGGGAACUUUUGGGUAUGUUGCUCCUGAAUAUGCGAUGACUGGGCAUCUUCUAGUAAAAAGUGAUGUUUACAGCUACGGUGUUGUUCUUCUUGAGCUUCUUACAGGGAGGAAACCGGUAGAUAUGUCAAGACCUCCUGGACAAGAGAACUUAGUAGCAUGGGCUAGUUCUCUACUUACAAGCAGGGAUGGUCUGGAAUCAAUCAUAGAUCCUUCACUUGGGAGAAGCAUUCCAUUUGACAGCAUCGCCAAAGUAGCAGCCAUUACUUCUAUGUGUGUUCAGCCUGAGGUGGAUCAGCGCCCAUUCAUGGGAGAAGUGGUUCAAGCUCUGAAGUUGGUAUGCAAUGAAGGCAGUGAGUUCAACGAGUCCACAAGCUUUAGCCAAGAUUUGCAUAUCCAGGAUGUUGAGACCAUGAGUAGAGCAAGUAUGGAUAUGGACAUCGAUCCAGCUCUAUCUGCCGAGCUGUUUACUUCAUCAGCAGGUUAUGAUGCUGUGGAUGCAUCUGGUUCUUUCCGACGAUAUUCAAAUUCAGGUCCUCUAAGAGUAGGGAGAGCUGGACACAAUAAAGAGAGGGGACUGUCAACUGGCAGCUCGAGUGAACACGUUGGGCUACAAAGAUUUAGGAUUGAUUCAGAGUAGUCAGCCCGCAGGCAGCUCACUAUGUUGUGAGCAUCGAAGGAACACGCACUGGCUUAUUUUUUUUCCAAGCCAGAUUUCACUCAUCGGGAAUAUCUGUGGCCUUGAAGUCAACUUUGGUUGUGACCGGGAAGUCAGCUGUGUAACCAGCAGCGUACCAGCUUCAGCUGUGAUCGGGGAGUCAAUGAAGGCACUGCAGAAUGGAACAGUUACUGCUACCUUCUACUAUUGCUUUACUAUUCUCAUUGGCUUCUUUCGAAUCUGAUACAAGGCUACUUCGCACGUUUUUUUGUACAGUGCUAGAGAUGUAUAGAUGCCUUCAGAAAGGAGGGUACACAAGCAAGGUCUUCAACUGUAGAUCUCCAACUUUCCCUUUGUAUCAUGUGUACAUCAACUGAAAUCUCAGGGCAAUCGUGCGCAAGCUGUCACCAUUUUUGGGUUAACAAAAUGAACUUUUGUCUCCUUAAGCUGCAAACUCUUGCAUAUUUCUCCGGUUGUCAAUAUAUUGUCAUUGUGAUGCUUGACUGUUUUCA